AUGAUGACCUCGACGACACGGGACGAGCCUCCUUGGAUGGAGGCUCCAAUCACACUGGUUGCUCAAGCACGUCCUGUGCAAGAAGAUGGAUUGCCUCCGAGACAUCCACAAGAAGCAGUCUCUCUCUUCCAGCACAACCCAGGCGAAGCGAAAAACGACGAUGCAACUGCAAAAGCCCACCAAAGCUCCCACGACGAUCAUAUUGUGCCGAGGAGUCCGAGGACAAGGCUCCAAGACAACCAUGCCGGAAAUGCUCCUGAGGACACAUUCGAAGGAGACUUUUAG